AUGCCCAUCCCGGAGCCUCUAGAACGCCGCAAGCAUCGGGAUGCACUUCGUGCACUUAUGAACCAUGUUGCGCGUCUAGAUGACCCAGAACAUGGAUUUGAUUCAGAUCAAUGGAAGAUGCACAAUAUCAAGAUUCUGCCUAUGGAUUUAGACAGAAAAUCCGGCAAUGCCCCUAUAUUUUUUACACCAUCUCCUACCUCUGUGCUGCUGAAUCCUGAUGCUGAUGUCGGCGAUAGGCCUUUUGUGGGCAUGACGAAGCAUAAAUAUCCUGAAUAUUUGGCUAUGUUCGCUUAUCAUAUCAAGGGGCCCUCGUACCCGCAUGUGAAAGCCGUGAUUUAUAAUAAUCUAAAUGGCGCAGACGGUCGAAUUCUUCGAGGAGAGGCAAUGAUUGCCCUGGAAUUGAGUGGGGCACAGCUGAGGCUAUCUAGCUUCAUGGGACAUAUGAUUGCACCAGUCCUUCUUUUCUCCUUCAUGGGCCCUCAGCAUGCUCGUCUUAUUGAAGCUUAUUUUGACGGCACCUCUCUGGUGAUGCGUCCGACCAACCUAUUUGAUUUUCGCACAAAGGACGAGGCUGUUCUCAAGACAUUUGCCCAGUGGCACUUUGGAGGGCCGAAAGGGGACACGACGGCAUUAUUGUAG